GAUCGACCGCGAGCCACGUUCUGCCGCUGAAGGAAGGCUGUUCUUCUCGUGAGACGCUCCCCCGCAUCCAGCGUGUAGGUCCACACUCACGGCCACUUGUCGCGGUCCAUUCACAGUACUCCACCGAGAUCCCGCAGCUGGUCAUCCUCUGCGCGGGUUUUGUCACUGUACCGCCAUGUUGGACCCUGUGGCUUGCUUUACCCAAUGGCAAUCGAUGGCGCCACUCCGCCACGGUUUGUGCCUCCAAGCACUCCUUUGUGCAUCCACAGAUAGCGAGGAGAAGAUAGCAACGCCGCGGUGUUGCAGUCUUCACCGCAUGUUGGCGCGCUGCGGUGGUGUUGGGUCUGCUUGUCUUAUCGCCAUCAGCCCCGAAGAGCCUCGGCCAGUCGGCUCGCCUAGCGCUUCUCGAAGGAUGGUAGCCCUGCACCCGCCUGCAUCAGCAUCAUCGACAUGGAUUGUUCACGAUUUCGAGGCACAGGCAAUAAGACAGCUUUUCGAUUCAGUCCACCACAAGAUUCCGCAGUAACGCCGAUUACCCAAGCCCGUUUGCUUUGUAUGCCAAAGAAACCUUGCACCAAGCAGAUGCCGCAGUCAUAACAGUCGUAAAUGCUCAACUAAUCACCAUCCGUCUCUCAACAUCUC